GUGACACAUACCGUAUCUUAUAUAUCCAGGUUCCUGGGUUACUGUGCGUGUGCGGGUUUUAUUAAAAAAAAAUCACUACACCGGAUGGUAAUUUGAUCGGAACAACACAUGCUUGCUUGCUUCAAAAAGGGAGGACAACCGACCCUACGAUUGACAAACGGUGCACCAAUGGAUCGUAUGUCCUCCUCACAAUUCUGAGGGUUGAGAGCAGCUGAAUUAAUGAGCCAGUAAUGGCUCGUGGAAAUAGGCAAGACACAAUUUCCUGGGGGAGCUAAGCAGCACCAAGCAAAAUCAGAAGAAUUUGGUGAGGGGGUGGCUGUCUGUACAAUCAUCCUCGACAUUAAAGGAUGAUAUCAACGACCAGCUGACUCCUGCCAAGCACUCCCAUAUGAGUCGCGAACCAAGAGGCAAAGACAUGGAGGACACAUGCUCUGAAUAUGACAACGUGGGCUCUGACGUGGAGCAGGAUUGUGACGAGGUGCUGCAUUUAAAGAGGGAGGGCGGCAUGGACAUGAGGUACCUCAAGCAAUACUGCCCAGAGGAUGGAGGCUAUGUGAAGAACAUACGUCGUAAAAACGCAAAUGAGGGCAGCGGUACCGCUGACCAGUUCACAGCCACGUCUUGUCAAAGCACAGAAAGACGUAAUGGAUCACAACCAGACGCUAAGCCCCGCAAGGCAAGCUGUCCCUUGAGGUCUCGCUGCACCCCGGUUGCAAGGGAGGCAGGGGAAGGGGAAGAAGUUGGAAAGGGCCUGGAGAAUAAGCUCUUCUUUUGUGACGGGGAUGAAAUAGAGCAAGUGUUGGAUGGGGCCAGAUUUAUAGAAGAUUUAGAAGACAUAGAAGCCAGUGAUCAAAGACAGGGUGUCCCUUACCAGGACAAUGAAAGGAUUAGAAAGGGCCGUGAUGAGAGAGACAGAGAAGACAACAGCACAAUUACAAGAAACUAUACCAUACCGGGAGCAAACAGAAAUUGCGAGUCAUCUCACAUGAGUUUGAAGGAAAGACAAGGGAAAGGACGAGGCAGGAGGGCAGCUGGACAGGAUAUUGAACAGAUUACCUGUGGGGUUAAAGCUUGCACGACCAACAAAAAUGAGCGAGUGAAGACAUCAUCCAAGGAAAACAGAAAGGCUCCUGUGCGGACCAAAGCGAAAUCCAGCAAGCCACACCCAUCCCCUCGUCAUUCACACGGCCAAGCACCUAUAGACAGCCAGAAGGCCCAACCUCAAAGAGAGGCUGCUUCUGUUCCCAGUCCCAGCGCCUCAUGCAACACCCAGGAGAGUGAGCCGAGGGUCGUCAAGCCGUCCCCAGCACUCUGUCACACGCCUGAGCAAGAGCAAAUGCCGCCUGGGAAGAGUCAGAGCCAGCCACAGAAAGCUCAGCAGGAAGAGAAGCCAAGCCCCACCGUGAUGCAGGAGCAAGUUCCCGAACAGCCGAGGAGGCCUCAAAGUCCAGAUCUCCCCCCAGAUGAUGAUAGUUCAUCCCCCAAGAAAACACAAGAAGCUGCUUCAUUCCCCAGUUUUGAAGACGUCCCAGGUCCCUGUGAGCCAGAAGAUCUUAUCGAUGGGAUCAUCUUUGCCGCUAACUACCUUGGCUGCACUCAAGUACUCUCUGACAAGAAUCCAUCCAAGACUGUCCGCAUGUCGCAGGCCCAUGAAGCCGUCAGUCGUAUUAAGAGCCAAGAUGAAGACUCCCAAAUGAUGACGGAAGUCGACCUAUUUAUUUCCACUAAAACGGUCAAAGUGCUCAACGCUGACACACAGGACACAAUGAUGGACAGCGCCUUGCGUACCAUCUCCUAUAUCGCUGACAUUGGCAGCAUUGUGGUUCUGAUGGCACGCAGACGCUUGUGUCAGGCGUCAACGGAGGAUUUCGCCGAAUCUGUUGAGUCGAGCGGCGAAGGGACUAGUCAGUACGGCAUGAUCUGCUAUGUCUUUGAGUCCGAGGAUGCCCAGCUCAUCGCACAGUCCAUUGGUCAGGCCUUCAGCGUGGCCUAUCGAGAAUUCCUGCGAGCCAACGGCAUCAAUCCGACAGACUUAAGUCAGAAACAAUACAGCGACAUCAUCAACUCCCAGGAAAUGUACCACGAUGACCUCAUCCAUUUCUCCAACUCGGACAACUGUAAAGAGUUGUGGGUAGAGAAGCAGAAAGGGGAGAACCUCGGGGUGGUGAUUGUCGAGUCGGGCUGGGGCUCCAUUCUGCCCACUGUCAUCCUCGCCGGAAUUCUGAACAGUGGCCCAGCAGCACGCUCUGGCAAACUCAGUGUUGGUGAUCAGAUUAUGUCCAUCAAUGACACCAGCCUAGUAGGGCUGCCUCUCGCCACCUGCCAGGGCAUCAUCAAGGGUUUGAAGAAUCAACUGAAAGUAAAGAUGAGUAUCGUAAGCUGUCCUCCCGUCACCACUGUCCUCAUCAAGCGGCCCGAUCUUAAGUUCCAGCUUGGCUUCAGUGUUCAAAAUGGCAUAAUCUGCAGCCUAAUGCGAGGCGGGAUCGCCGAGAGAGGCGGCGUUCGCGUUGGACAUCGAAUCAUAGAGAUAAACGGUCAAAGCGUGGUUGCGAUGCCACAUGAAAAAAUCGUGCAGACUCUGUCCGUGUCAGUGGGUGAGAUCAACAUGAAGACGAUGCCCGCUGUGAUGUUCAGACUGCUCACAGGACAAGAGACGCCAUCCUACAUCUGAAGACUCAGCAUUGAUUACUGAUGAGCAAAGUUUUAUUUUUCUAUCAUUUUAGUAUUGUUUGGAGGGCCCUUGCUGCAAUGUUGUAAAGAGGGUCCGGUUCUCAUUUCAAGUUUAAUCUUGAAUUAUAUUCUCAUAAUGGCCUUACAAUGUGAAGUCUGUCGUGCUGUGUGUGAGUGUGGAAGAGAAGUAGCUUAAUGGUCACUUUUAUUUUCCUAUGAAAAGAAGUGCAUUUAUAUUUGAGUUAGUCAUUUUUAUAGUGUCAAUGUAAUUCUACUGUACAUACUACGGGAUACUCGUGGACUGGAUUGGGAAGGAAAUAUUACUCCGCCUACAUUAUAUGCAUGGUAUAACGACAAAUUACAGACCAAGAAUUCAUGCUGUUACAGUAAGUAUUACACAUGUACUGUAUUACUAUGUAUAAAGCCACUAAAUUACUUAUAUUAUGGAGACGCUGAAGGCCAAAGACACCCCUCCAUUUUAAAAUGCAGUUUUAAGAGAUAACCUUUCCAGAGUGUACAAGAAUGUACAUUACGGAAUGAAUGUAAUAAUGUAACACAAAUAAUACAAUCUCAUUGCUUCAUUUUUGUUUUUUGCUUUCAUUUUUUUUAUUGACGUGCCAUUAAAAAAAAGACAAAAAAUCCACAAGUCUAUAUGUCAUAAAGCACAUUUACCAAA